AACCGUUGAAACACCGCGUCUUCAGUUCGAGGUUGAGGCUGCUCAGCCGCGGUAAAAUUCAGACAAUUUCUACUAUGAAUUCUAUAAAAAAUUUUAUUUUCGUCUUGACAUUGAUAUUUUCGGUGCUAAACAUCAAAUGUGAAGAAAAUGAGGAUCUUUUUGUGAUUUUCACCCAACAAUUAACUCCGAGUGGAUGUUACAAAAAAGUCAAUCAAAAGAACCCAACUUGUGACGAACUGAAGAACCACUGGGUGAUUUCUGAAUUUUUGCAUCAGUUACCUAUCGAUCCGACAUUUCAGUGCUCAGAACCUGUCGAAGAAUUGGACCCAACAACCAUAUCAACUUCAACUAUAAAUGAGUUGGCAAAACAAUGGCAACGCCCUGAAAGGUUAACAGAUCCUUCAAUUACAGCAAAAAAAAUAUGGCGCGAUUUCGGAGGAUGCACUUCGAAAAUAAAUGAAAUUAGUAAUGCAACAAAUUAUUUCAAAAAAUCAUUCGAGUUGCAUGAAAAAUAUAAUUUGAAUAAAAUUUUAAGUGAAGCGAAUAUUACUCCUGGCAAUUAUUAUAAAGCCCAACAAAUAUCAGAUGCUGUGUCUUCGGCUACGGGGGGCAAAAAAGUUUUAGUCCGAUGCGCAUGGAAAUUCGGAACUGCCGACAUUAAUUUGGACAUGAUAACAAUUCACUUAGAUAAAUCCUUCAAGCCAAUUGAUCCCGUUGAAUCUUACGGCUCUACUACAUACGUAUGUCCGUCUGAUAAACUGAUCCGGUACAAUGAUGGAGAACAUCUUGUUUACGAAGUAACAGAUUAUGAUGCAGUGAAGGUAAAAGACUAUAUCCGAAGAAUACCAACAUUCAAACCUCCUCAACCUGAAGAAAAGCUUUAUGGAGAUCCUGCUGUUAAAUAUCCAACACUCUUGCAAGACGACAAUGGCUAUUAUGUAUUUGAGCAGAAGUUGGUUAAAUUUUUCUGUAAUGAAGAUGAUGAUCGUAAAUGUACUCUACCGAAAUACCCAUGGUAUAUAAAUUUAUUCGAAUAUAAAUUCAAUGAGGAUAUAAAAUUUGAUUGUGAAAGGAAUAGUGAUAAUUUUGAUCCGAAAGAUAUAUCUUCGAUCCAGAAUGAACUCUCCGAAAAAUGGAAUAAUAAAAAGGAUGACGUUGCGGAAGACUUCGGGUUCCAGUGGACAUAUGGACCUCGAUGUUCUGCUUACUUUAAGGGCCUUGAUAGCCCAUUUAAAUAUUAUAAAAAGUCUAUUGAGUUAUUUGAUAAAUAUAAUAUGGAUGUUAUUUUACGUGAAUCAAAUAUUAUUCCCAGACAUAAUUAUACUUUCCAAGCAAUAAUUGAUGCUGUUUCCAAGGGUUUAAAGGGCACGAAAGCUGACAUAACAUGUUCAUCAGGAGGAUUUGCUCAAUCAACUGACGACUUGACUAUCAAAAUUUACUUUGAUCAGUCUUUUAAUCUAAUUAACAAAACUAAUGGCAUUGCAUCUUUUGAAUGCCCACUUGAUAAAAUUGUUCGUUACGAAGUUUUCCUACACGAGUAUUUUAGUUCAGACCCAUUUCCUUUACUUCCUACAUUUGAUAAUAUGGCGACAUUUUAAGAGCUUUGUAAAAAUUAUGGUCUUAAUCGUUUUUUAAAUUUUUACAAUAAAAAUAAACAUUUUUUUUGUAUUCGACUAUGGAUUUGUUUUAUAAAAUAUUACGCAAAUAAAAGUUUGUAC